AUGGAGUCCAAACCCCCAAAAACUAUUGUGCAGGACACACUGAUGCACCUCAAAUACAGGGAUGCAGCUAUGUUCUGCCUCGAGCUGGACAGACGCAUAGGUGUGCCGGUGGUUGCUUUGUUGAAGCUGGCAGCAAAACCUGGAGACGCCUCAGAGAUGAUAGACCAUCUGUUUUCAAGCUUCACUGAGGCUGAUGCAGUGUCAGUGGCUGUGGAUGUACUGAAGGAGAUUGACUACGACACACUCAAACUAGAGGAGCGCUUGAGAAAAAGCAGAGCUGAGCUGAUCCAUGGUGUGAGCAACGUUGAACCAAUUUUGGAUGAGCUCCUCACCAAGGGAGUUAUUCAGCAAGACAGUUAUGAUAAAAUCAGUGCUCUCCCAACCUCGGCGGAGAAGAUGAAGGAACUCCACGAUGGUCAUCUGAAAACUGCUGGAGACAAAGAAAUCUUUUCCAGCAUCAUUGAGAGACUGGAGCCUCAUCUUCUCAUCGAGGAGACGUUACCACUUGAUGCACAGCGUGGGGUUACUGACCCAGAACCAGUCCAUAUGUCACACAAUGAUCCUCUUUUGAGUGUGGGGGCAACCGGAAGUGAUCUGUUCCCUGAGCAUGACUGGAUUAAACUUGAGCCUGAAGUGAACUGUGUGGAUGCAGACGAUGCUCCAGUUUACAGCCUGCAGUCUGAAGCAGGUGCCUUUGAAUGCAGUGUGUCUGGCUUGCGCUGGGUUUGUAAGGAAAAGGUCAGCUUCAAGUACCAGUUUUGCUCUUGGGAGGGGCACGCAGACAGACUGGAAACCAUGUGGUACAUCCCUGGAGGUCCCCUACUGGACAUUACAGUCAUUGCUGGAAAGUUAGAUGAAGCACAUUUGCCACACUGGAUCUGCACAGAAGACAACCCUACAGUCGUAUAA